AUGGGUUGUCAGCAGAGGAAUAAUAGGGCUCUAUGGCUUAGUGGUCAAGCUGGUUCAAUUCCGGCUAGUUCUAUUUCCUCUGUUUAUGACAGGGUCUCAAUCCCUGCUUCUUUGACUUCUUCAAGUUUGCUCAAGGUUCUUGACUUGGCUGAGAAGGCCAAGGAGGAGGCGGGUGACCUGCUUGAGAGAGACUUCCCCAAGUUCAUAGGGUGGUUGUUGGAAGUUGGGUCCCAGGUCUCUUGGAUCAAAAGGGACUGGGUUCAAGAGGAUGUCCAGGAACAGGUUGCCAUGGUUGGUUGA